AUGACUUCCUUCAUCCCCUGUAUCACGAUCCCCUACGCGGUGUUCGGGAACCCCGCGGUCAGCAUCCUCCUCCCCGUGGCCCUAGGAACAGCUGUCGGAUUCGGAACCCGUCCCGCCGAACACGAAAAGACCUUCGAAAGCAUCAAGCAACCUCCUUGCAGGCCUCCCCGCGAGGUUUUCCCCCCAGUCUGGAUCGCGCUCUAUGGAAUCGCGGGCUACGCUGCCCACCGCGCCGUAACCAUCGGCCUUGACCCCCUGGCCUCGACGAUCAGCCAUCAAAAUGCCAAGCACGGUGCCACCCUCUAUACUCUCCAGCUUGGUCUCAACCUCGCCUGGAUGCCUCUAUUCUAUGUCGCCAAGAGGCCUAUUGAAGCCACCAUUAGCGCCGCCGCCCUGUUCGGUAUCAACAGCUAUCUCACCUACCUCUGGGCAGACAUUGACGACAUUGCUGGCUGGCUCAUGGUCCCCUACGUUGCCUGGUUGGGAUACUCUGCUUACCUUAGUGCUGGUGUCGGUUACUUGAAUAACUGGACCUUGAAGGGAAAGGCGGCGGGUGAAAAGGACAGCCCUUAA